UGUUUAACUAUUUAAAAACACCUUUUUAAACGAUCGUAGGGGAUAGUUUUGCAUUUGUAAUUGGAAAUGACUGCGCCGAGACUAAAGUUCCAUAGCAACAAGGCAAACUUUCAUUUUAGGUUUGUGUUUUCUUGAUAUUUGAUCAAGCUUACUCGUUCAGCAUUAGAGCUCAGUUUUACGUUCGUUUCAGGAAAUAUUGUACAAUAUGAAUGGUCCAGUGGAAAGUAUUUAUAACCUGAUACCUCGAGAAGUUGAAAAACCACCCAACCCACCGCGCUACAACUCCAAGUUUAAGUCAACAGUGAAAGAUGAGUUGAAACAUAACCGAUCGCCCAACAAAACCAUGGGCCCAGCUAAAGUAGCGGUUCCUACGCCCACUAGCUUUCUGAAGAAGCGAUCAAAGGAGCCAGUUCUGCCGGAAAAGACGGUGUUCGAGUAUUCUGGGGAAGUAAGCAGGCGACCGCCUGUCCCAAGGCAUGAUGAUAAACCUCUGCUGGGAAUCCGCACCAAUAAAAACUUUAUUAAUACAAACGCCGUCGAAAACAUCAUGUCCGUGACAAAGAAACCGUUGCCAAAGUACGUCGAUACACGAUGCGGUGACAACAAUCUUUUGGAACCGUCCGGGCUCGUCCCGAAGUACACCAAUAAACCGGACUACGGUCAAAUGCCAGAAUACUUAAAGAAGAGAAACGCGGAGGUAAAGCGAGCCCAAGAAGAAUAUGACCAAUACAUCCGCGACCGCAUGAAACAGGGGGCAAUGCAGCAACUUAGCGACGCUGAGAGGGACGACAUCAUUAACGGCUUAAAGAAGAACUGGGAAGAACUACAUCACCAGUACCAAGGCCUCUCUGUAGUUACUGACACGGCCCCGAAAAAGAACCGAAAGGAGCGAAUGGAAGCGGAGAUGAAACAGCUUGAACGAGACAUCGAACUUGUUGAGAAGCACAGAGUAAUUUACAUCGCCCAUAAUUAACAUUUUUAUUGCUGUUCCUGCACCACAUACCUGCAUAUUUAUAAAGUUUAUGUUUUGAUUCGUGCCUUAUAUACACGUUACGUUGCACUUUGUG